CAGAGGAAGUCAAAGCAGAAAAUCAGAAACGCGUGUGUUGACCUAAACAGCUGUAGCACCUGUGGUGUAGUGAAUUAUGUGAACAUUAAAUGUUUUAUUUUGCUACGACGCAACAAAAUGACUAAACUGCGCUACCUGAGUGUUCUUCUAUCCCAGCGGCUGACGUUGGCAGCCCAAGAGAUUUUUAAGGACGUGGAGGAAACCAUUUUAGAGCUUCAAGAAGAAACUAAGCUGGCUAAACAAGAGAACGCCAAACUUAAAUUGAAGCUACGAGAGGCUGGUAUAAACAGCUGCGAUGAGUCCAGGGAAGCCGUCACUCCUGCUGAGUGUCCUGCAGAGGUCCAAAGCUGUGGAGAGCAGAGACCUGAGGUGCUUUUGGAAGACAGCUCCACCAUUGCGUCUUUAAAGCAGGAACUUGAUGCACUGGAUGAACUUGAGACAGGCUCAGUGGAGGGUGGACCUGCGGCAAUGCAAAUUAAAAUGGAGAUGAACUAUACGGAGUGCUCUUCCCUUGAAAGGCAGAGUGGUUUUUGUCCUCAAUCAAACAGCUCAGGCAUGCAAACUGACAGUGUCACAGUAAGCAUGGGUGAAGUUGUGGCCUCAUGGCCAGUGUUGGAGCCCCACGAAUCACAAGUGUUCCCCUGCGUGGAGAGGACGUGGAGUGUUGCCGCUAAAGGAGCAGAAACUUCCCAGAUAACAGAGAGACCUUGCAGCAGGACUGGAAACUGUCCUCCUGAAGAUGAUGAUCAGGAUAAUGUUGAUGAAGAAGUUACUCAUGACCCUGUAAAGGAGAGUGAGAAUAUUGAUGAGGAGAUCCAUCACAAACCUCAGAUGCCUCAGGAAAAACCUUGCACCCGGGCAGAGCUUGCCAGAUGUAGCAACAGUUGCUUGGAAAACAGAAAUGAGGAAAGCACUGUGGGCAAAGAAACCAGCUCUAACAAUAUCAAAACAGUAGUCAGAACAGGGAAACCAAGAGGGAGACCAAGGAAGCAUCCCCAAACUUCUACACCAAAACCAGCUUUGAUAGACCUGAAACAUGACACCCGUAAUUCACGUCUGAGGUCUGGAAAUGAAAGAACUUCAGCAAUCACAGGGAGGAUGUUGAGGAGACUUACAAAGCACCCUCAGUUGUUUACAAAUAAAUCAGUUGAGGUUGACAAUGGAAAUGGCAGAGAUUUAUCCAGAAUUGGGAGGCCAAUUGGAAGGCCUAAAAGGCAUCUUCAAAUCGCCAAAGCAAAACCAGAUGCAGUAAACUUGCAACAUAAAGAAAAUUCUUCAGGUGAACAGUCUAGCUCUACUAUCAGAUCAAGUAGACUGAGUGGUAAGCAUAGAAAGCAUUCUCAAACCUUGAUAUCAAAAUCUGAUGAGGUAAACUCAGAACAACCAAGUCCUUCAGAUGAUGAGACUAACUCUGCUGUCAGAGCAGGGAGCCCAAAGGGAAGGUCUAGGAGCCAUCCUCGGAACUCUAGAGCAAAAUCAGAUGAGGUGAACUCAGAGCAUGAAGAAAGUUGUUCAAUUGAAAAACCAACCCCUGUGAGAACAGGGAGACCAAGGGGUAGGCCUAGGAAGCAUCCUCAAACCUCAACAGCAAAUUCAGAUGAGGUGAACUUGGAGGAUGAAGAAAACAUUUACGGUGAAGCAUCUCACAGGCCUUGCAAGCAUACUGGAACAUCUACAGCAAAAUCAGAAAAACUACAGUCAGAAGAAAAUGCUUCAGGAGAAGGGUCUAGCUCAGCUGUCAGAACAGGGAGAUCAAGGGGUAGGCCUAGGAAGCAUCUUCAAGCUUCUACAUCAAAACCAGAUGAGGUGAACUUGGAGGAUGAAGAAAACACCUUAGUUGAAGAGUCAAACCCAAUGGUCAGUACAGGAAGACUAAGCGGGAGACCCAGGAAGCAUCCUCAAAGUACUACAAUCGAACCAGCUGAGGUGGACUUGGAUCACAAGGAUAGUGUUUCAGAAGAUCCAUCCAUCUCUGAAGAUAACACAGACUUGUCAAGAUCAAAUAGAACAAGUGGGAGACUGAGGACACGUACUGAGACCUCCACAGUCCAGCCAGUUGAGAUGGACCAUCAGGAUAGUGCUUCAAGUGAUGAUGAAGGGGAUGACGGAGAUUCAUCAAUGUUUGAAAAACCAAGGAGUACACCAAUGAAGCGUCCUCGAAGUUCUUCAUCUUCAGACUUUGAGAUUGAUACGGAACAGGAAGAUGAGCCUUCAGAUGAAGACUCCAGCUGUGGAAGUCACAACUCAACCAGAAAUGAGAGAUCCAGGAAGAAUCUUCGGACCUCAAGAGCUAAAGCUGUAGAGUCCGACUUGGAUCAUGUCUCUGUCCUUACUCAUGACAUGGGACUUGUUAAGAAGGGGUACUGUUUGUAUUGUGCUAAGCCGAUCGUCAAGUUGGCAAGGCAUUUAGCAAUGCGCCACUUUGACCAAAAGGAUGUGGUCAAGGCUCUGAGUCUCCCCAAAAACUCAAAAGAAAGAAAAAUUCAAAUCGGACGCCUACGUAACUGUGGUAACCGUGCACACAAUAACCGAGUGCUGAAGGAAGGGAGAGGACUCCUCAUACCAUGCCGAGCCUUUAAGGCAGAGGAUCCCAAAGACGUAGUAUAUUGCCAUGGCUGCCAUGGCAUGUUUUCCAAAGAGAGCAUAAGUAAGCACUUUAAACUCUGUGCAUUUGUCGGAAAGGAGGACAAUGCCGAUCCAUGUCCAGAAGAGGAUCCGUCCUUACAUAUGGUGGUCAAACAAGCUCCAAAAGACUUCUCAGAGGUCCUCAGUGGGAUGUAUCAGGAUGAUGUUACAGAGGCCGUUAGGCAGGACAAGCUUCUUCUUAAACUAGGACAAAUCAUGUUUGAUAAAAGGCUUACAUGUGAAUAUAUCUGGCAGAGACUUCGUGAGUUGGGCAGGUUACUUUUGAACGGCCGAAAAAUCACCCCGUUGCAUGAAAUGGAGGAUUAUAUCAGGCUGUCAAACUGGGAUCACUUGGCUGCUGCUGUGAAGGAUGUUGCUGGGUUCUGUGAGACCACAUGUACAUUUGCCAUACCCAAGUAUGCUGUGGCUAUCAGGCGCAGCUUGCCAAAAAUAGCAGGGAUUGUCAAGUGUGAUGCAGAAACCAGUGGAGAUAAGGAAAUGGUAGAAAAUGCCCAAAAUUUCCAAGAGUCAUUGCUGAUAAAGUGGCACCAGCAAUUCGUGGCACCAGGGAUGCCAAUAAGCAACAGUCCAUUGUUGGUAGUUGCUGAACAGACCAGCAAUGGUAGAGAGGAUCAACGCUCUGGAAGUGAGGAUAACAUCAGUGCUGCACAGUCAAGAACAGAGCAUGAAAUGGAGCGACUGAAGCACAGUGCUAUCCAAGUCCUCCCAGCCAAUCAAGCAGAUGAGGCACAAAUUAAAAACACACUGGAAUCAUCAACUGGGGAGGAGAGAAGUGGAAACAGGAACAGUGCCUGUCCUCCAGAGGAUGAUGAUCUUGAAAGAGAGGCUGGGGAUGAUGAGGAUGAUAAUGAUACAGAUUGUGAUGAUGAUGAUGAUGAUGAUUAUGACGCUAAUGAUGAUGACGAUGCCAGCGGUCAUGAUGUUGACAGUGAUGGAGAUGAUGAUGACUUUGUUCCAAUACUCAGAUCGGCGAACAAGACUCUUAAUUCCAAGAAUGAAAGCCUAAAUGGACCCUGUGACAGUGCCCAAAAUGACACUCCUCCCAAACCACUAAACCAACUGCAGCCGCAGAGAAUAACCGCUGCAGCAGGUACUACACCGUCUGUAAGCAACAGUCAGGAGAAUGUUUCAGAUCAAAAGACUGCUCCCGAGAAGUCAGUUGCAUCCUCACCUAGGUCUGUCAAUGUUCAUCAAAUUUCUGUCAUUUCAAAACACUGCAAAAGACAGUUCUGUUUGUUCUGCAAAAAGCCUGUGUCAAAGAUUUCAAAGCAUUUGCAACGUCGACAUUAUGAACAAGAAGAUGUAGCCAAAGCUUUGAGUUACCCCAAACUAAGCAAAGAAAGGAAAAUGUACUUGCACCUGUUACGUAGACAGGGCAAUCGUGUACACAACAUGCAGGUCCUAAAAGAAGGGAAAGGAGAAAUUGUUCCAUGUAAAUGGGGUCUUGGAAAGCCAAGUGACUUCUUGCAUUGCCCCUAUUGUGAUGGCAUGUUUUUAAAGCGGCGCAUGGCAAUACACCUUAAAACAUGUCCAUUUGCAAAGAAAGAAGACCUUACUGUGCUCAAAAGGGGGAAAAGAGGAAGUGUUCAGGCAUUGUGUCUUAUGGUUGAACCCGUACCAGAAAAUGUCAGUAAAGAGUUCUGGAAGGUUUUGGUGAACAUGAAUCAAGACGAAAUUGCUGUGGCAGUAAGGGGAGACAAAUAUGCUCUUCAGGUGGGACAGCGGCUAAUCAACAAGGGACAGGGAGAAGAUGCCAUCCGUGAGGAUACCAUUCGGCAGAGACUCCGAGAGCUGGGCCGGUUGCUUGUUAGCUGUCAAAAGAUCACCCCAAUGCAUAAACUGGAGGACUUCAUCCUGCCAUCAAACUGGGACCAUUUGGUUGCAGUUGUGAAGGACGUUGCGGGGAACAAGGAUGAGACAGACUCCACCCUCAAUGUCUCACUCUUGGCACACCUUUAUCGCAGCUUGCAGAAAAUUGGAAGAUUCAUUGAGUUAGACGCUGAGACCCAACAGGACGAGCAGAUGGUAGAAUUGGCAAGAAAUUUCAACAGAGAUUUUGUGGAGAAGUGGAGGAAGGAUUUCCCUACUCCUGUUGAGGCAAGAAAGAGUCAAGAAUGCCACAGUGGUGAUAUUAAAUUGCUGUCUUUCACCGAGGACAUCAGGCAUCUGCACACAUACCUUAAAGACAAACUCACUAAGUGCAUGUCUGCGCUGUGUACAUCAGCAAACCAAGCCGCAUGGCAUGAUCUGGCCAGGGUUGUUCUUGCCCAGCUGAUCAUGUUCAAUAGGAAAAAAGCCAAUGUGGUUGCCCAGCUGACUCUGAAGGAUUUUACCACCAAGGAAGCCUAUGGCAUGCCAGAUGACAAUGCUGAGCUUUUGACACCGUUUGAGCGCGAGCUUUGUAAGUUCACCUGCAGGAUUCAGAUUUCAAGAGCAACUGGAGACAACGUGCAGAUCCUUGCUCCUCCAGCUUUGACCAACAUCAUGGAAAUUAUGUUCCAUAGGCGAAUGUUGUGUAACAUACGCUAUGACAAUAUUUACUUGUUUGCAGUGCCAAAGACCCGAUCACACUAUUUGGGUGUUGAGACCCUUCAAGGCUUGGCUGAAGACUGUGGGGCAAAGCACAUGAAGGCAUUGGUCUCAAAUGGACUGAGAAAACACGUUGCUAUGAUAUCCCAACUGCUCUACUUGAAGGACAUGCAUCAACUAACAGAGUUCAUGGGAUUCAAUCUAACAGCUCACCUGAGGAAUGAUUGCCUCCAACAAGAGACUCUGGGAUUGGCCAGGCUUGGCAAGGUUUUUACAGCCAUGGAGAAGGGACAAUUGAAAGCCCCAGAACAGAAUGUACAUGAGGUUCUUGUCAGCCCAGAUGAAAUUGUGCAGCAAGCCGAUUCGUCCUCAGCUGAUGAAGAUGAUGAAAAACAUGAUGACUACUGUCCCUCAAAAUCAGAUAAAUCACAACAUCGUGUAGUGAAAAGAAAUCCAAAAAGAAAGGGCGUGGCGAAACAGAAAUGGAAUCAAGCAGAGAUCCAGGCUGUGGAGACGCACAUGGCCAUGUUCAUCAGCUCGGGCAAGACCCCAGGGAAAAAGGCGUGCACUGCCUGCAUCGUGGCUGAACCAGACGCUCUAAAGGCCAGGAACUGGACAGCCAUCAAGUUUUACACCAAAAACCGCAUCACUUCCCUGCGCAAGCAAAAUAGUAAACCAUCACAGACAUAAGGGCACUGAGGUUGAAUAAAGAAGAACUGCAAUACAGCAAUCAAAUGCUUUCACAACCAUAAUUACGGUUGGCAGUGCUAAGACCCAUCACUUGAGCAAGUUUGAUGAUUUAGUUUUUCUCUUUGCUGGGUCUUUUUUUAUAAAUUUUUUUAAUAAUGUGACUAGCUAAGGCCUCUUCUGUAAAUAUGCAAGUGAUGUAGGACUACAAUGCAGGCUUCCCAUACCAAUGGGAAUACCACAGUUUCUCAUGUAGUUCUGAAAAAUGUUUUAUUAGAGGUUGUGUGUCUGUGUUAGUGUUUGUUUGGUUGGUUUUUAGUUUGUUUUAGUUCUUUACAUCCAAAAGACUACUGUACAAAAAUGUUGAUUUAAUACAUUCCAGGUUCCUUUAGUUGUGUUUCCAGUUUUCCUUGUGUGUAAUUUUCCUCAAAUUGUCCUGCCACCACACCGCCACCACCACACCUCACACUUCAUUCGCCUCUGUCUAUUUCACUAGUCUCCAUUUAUUGGUUUUAAAUUUCACUCACCGAAGUGGAUGAUUAAUCAAAUACAAUGUGCAAUAUGUGAUUACUUUGCAUGAAUGACUAGUAGCACUAUAAAACUAGUAGCACUUGAAAAACAAUUUUUUUUAAAUAUAUUUACAGAUCAACUAAAUACAGCGAAGUGUCCUCAAAAGGGCCUCAUUUUACAUUAAAAGUUA